AUAACCUUCUGCUAAGUGAUGAGCUUGUCACCAAUGGCUUUCAUUCCUGUGAAAGUGAUGAGGAUGACAGGGCUUCGCAUGCCAGCUCUAGUGACUGGACGCCAAGGCCGCGGAUAGGUCCAUAUACUUUUGUUCAGCAACAUCUCAUGAUUGGCACAGAUCCUCGAACAAUUCUCAAAGAUUUACUACCGGAAACAAUUCCUCCACCUGAACUGGAUGACAUGACAUUGUGGCAGAUUGUCAUUAACAUCCUUUCAGAACCACCAAAAAGGAAAAAAAGAAAAGAUAUUAAUACAAUUGAAGACGCUGUGAAAUUACUUCAAGAGUGCAAAAAAAUAAUAGUUCUGACUGGAGCCGGGGUCUCUGUCUCGUGUGGAAUACCUGACUUCAGGUCAAGAGAUGGCAUUUAUGCUCGCCUUGCUGUAGACUUCCCAGACCUUCCUGAUCCUCAAGCAAUGUUUGAUAUUGAAUAUUUCAGGAAAGAUCCAAGACCAUUCUUCAAGUUUGCAAAGGAAAUAUAUCCUGGACAGUUCCAGCCGUCUCUCUGUCAUCAAUUCAUAGCCUUAUCCGAUAAGGAAGGAAAACUACUUCGCAACUAUACUCAGAAUAUAGAUACCUUGGAACAAGUUGCAGGAAUCCAAAGGAUAAUUCAAUGUCAUGGUUCCUUUGCGACAGCGUCCUGCCUAAUUUGUAAAUACAAGGUUGACUGUGAAGCGGUGCGAGGAGACAUUUUCAAUCAGGUGGUCCCUCGGUGUCCCCGGUGCCCCCCAGAUGAGCCACUUGCUAUCAUGAAGCCAGAGAUUGUCUUUUUCGGUGAAAAUUUACCGGAGCAGUUUCACAGAGCCAUGAAGUAUGACAAAGACGAAGUUGACCUCCUCAUCGUCAUUGGGUCUUCCCUGAAAGUGAGACCAGUAGCACUAAUUCCAAGUUCCAUACCCCAUGAAGUGCCUCAGAUAUUGAUUAAUCGGGAGCCUCUGCCUCAUCUGCAUUUUGAUGUAGAACUUCUUGGAGACUGUGAUGUCAUAAUUAAUGAGUUGUGUCACAGGUUAGGUGGUGAAUAUGCCAAACUUUGUUGCAACCCUGUAAAGCUUUCAGAAAUUACUGAGAAACCUCCGCGAACACAGAAAGAGUUGGUUCACUUGUCAGAGUUCCCACCAACACCACUGCAUAUCUCAGAAGACUCCAGCUCCCCAGAAAGAGCGUCACCGGAUUCUUCAGUGGUUGCCACUCUUCUGGAGCAGGCAGCUAAGAGCAGCGCGGAUGGUGUGGACGCGUCUGAAUCAAAAGACUAUGCAGAAGAAAAGCCGCAGGAAGUACAGACUUCUACUAGACGUGCUGAGAGUGUUAGUGUGGAAAGUCCAGAUUUGAAGGACACUGGUUCCAAUACUGCAGAGAAAAGUGGAAGAACUUCAGUUGCUGAAACAGUGAGAAAGUGCUGGCCCAACAGACUUGCAAAGGAGCAGAUUAGUAAACGGCUUGACGGAAAUCAGUAUCUGUUUUUACCACCGAAUCGUUACAUUUUCCAUGGCGCCGAGGUGUAUUCAGACUCUGAAGACGACGUGUUAUCUUCCAGUUCUUGUGGCAGCAACAGUGAUAGUGGCACGUGCCAGAGUCCCAGCUUGGAAGAACCCCUGGAGGAUGAAAGUGAGAUUGAAGAGUUCUACAACGGCUUGGAAGACGAUCCCGAGGUUCCGGAGAUUGCGGGGGGAACUGGAUUUGGGGCUGAUGGAGGUGAUCAUGAGGCAGUUAAUGACACUAUCUCCACGAAACAGGAAGUAACAGACAUGAACUGUCCAUCAAACAAAUCAUAAUGUAAUGUCCAGGUACAAGAAUUGUUCCACCAGCAUUAGGAACUUUAGCAUGUCAAAAUGAAUGUUUACUUGUGAACUCCAUAGAGUAAGGAUACCAGAAAGGUGUGAUAUUUAUAGACUGGUAAAAUACCUUUUUUUCAUGGAUAGUUUUUUAACUUCCAUUAUUUCUGUAUUUGUAUACUCAACACUAACUUUUUUUUAAAGAAAGGUACUAAGUAUCUUUAAUCAGCUGUUGGUCAGGAUUUUGAUUUUCUUUAAAGGCUAACUGUAUUACCCAUAUGUAUAUAUGAUUUUGUUCUUGCUUAGUGAGUUUCAACAUUUUAAAGUUAUCAAAAAGCCAUUGGAAUGUUAAAUUAAUGUAAAGGGAACAGCUUAUCUAGACCAAAGAAUGGUAUUUUCACUUUUCUUUGUUAACUUUGAAGGUCUGAAGUCCUCAAAAUCUCUGUUCUGCUGAACUUUUGAUUCUGUAGCACAAUUACCUAUUUUUAAACACUGGCAUUUUCCAGAAAACCUCGUGGCAGCUAGCUGUUUACAGUCACAGCCGAUGGCACGCAGCGUGAGGGAGGGAGUCAGCAGUGUCUGGGAGCGCACGGUCAUCUUUUCUAGAGUGGGACUUGGUGCUAAGAGCUUCAAGAGCGCUGUGUGUGUCGCUCAGGUGAAGAGGGUCUUUGUGCUUCCUGCAGACAACAGUAGUUAAUGUCUCUAUCGGCUCCUAAAGCUAACCUGAAAGAUCAACGCUUUGGAAAUGUUUCAGUUGCUUUAGAAACAAUAGUGCCUGCCUGUACCCCCUUAGUUUUGAAAUAUUUGCCAUUGUUUACCUAUCACUGUGGUAGAGCUUGCAUUGGUCCUUUCCCACAAGUAUUAAACUGCCAAGAUGUGAAUAUGCAAAUCCUUUCUGAGUCUGUAAUAAUGGUCCUGUUAGUGGGGAGUGUGUAAUAUUUUGGACUGCUGUUUUUCCAUAAGUGGAGAGCAACAGACCCCUGAUUACAGUUCCAAAGUAAAAAGAUAUUAAUUAUUACUCAGCCAGAAAGUACACGUCUCCUGAUGGGAGGAUUUGGUGUAAUGAAUACCAAACUGUUAGCCUAGUAUUAUGGAGAGGAACGUGAUGUAACCUGUAAUAGCAGAAUAGUUAAUGAAGCUAGUUCUUACAAUGUACCUUUAUUUAAAAGCUUAGCCUGCCUUAAAACUAGCGAUCAAUUUUCUCAACUGCAGAAGCUUCUAGCAUUUCAAAAAAAGUUCAUACUUUGUAAAAUUGCACAGUAAACAUUUAUUUUCCAAGCUUUUUUUUUUUUUUAACAUUACCUCCCAAAUUAUAAAGUAUUCCUGUGUUGGUUUAGUAUUUAUUACAAUAAAAAGGGUUUGAAAUAUAGCUGUUCUUUAUGCAUACAAUGUCCAGCUAGACCGUGACUGCCCACAGAGAACACUGUUCCGAAGGCCGAUUCUCUGCCUAGGGGAGGCUCCAUGUGAAUCCACGGGCACACUGAAGAACGCAGCGUCCUGUCUCCAUUGCAUGAUCGUCUGUGCGAUAGAUGAUAUUUUACAUUGAAAAGUUCGUUUUAAAUUAUUUUUACAGUGAAGACUGUUUUCAGCUCUUUUUAUAUUGUACAUAGUCUUUUAUGUAAUCUACUGGCAUAUGUUUUGUAGACUGUUUAAUGACUGGAUAUCUUCCUCCAACUUUUGAAAUACAGAACCAGUGUUUUAUACUUGUACACUGUUUUCAAGUCUAUUAAAAUUGUCAUUUGACUUUUUUCUGGUAA